GGGAAGGCGCAGCCGGCGCUGGCGCGGUCCUUCCAAGCCGCGGCGCCGGCGCCUCCAGCGAGAGCCGCACGCGGAGGCAGCGGCACGACGUCCAGGCGCAGCGGCUCCGUCUGAGCAGCGCGGGCCGCGCCGCCUUCUCCCGCUCGCAGCCCCGUUGGGCGAGCUGUCCCUGACCUCCUCUGCAGCUCCCGCUGGGCAUCCUGUCACCUGCCCUGUGCUGCUCGUUGGAUCUGGUGACGCUCCGCAAUGCUUGUCUCCUGCCGCUGAUGACUGAUGUCAGAGGACGAUGGAUCAUGCGGAAGACAGUGAGGCCCUGGCGGCCGCCCAGAGGUACUGCGUGGAAAGGCCCAUCUUCAGCCAUCCCGUCCUCCAGGAAAGGCUGCACAAGAAGGACAAGGUUGCGGACUCCAUCGGGGAUAAGCUGAAGCAGGCAUUCACAUGUACUCCCAAGAAAAUAAGGAAUAUCAUUUAUAUGUUCCUACCCAUAACUAAGUGGUUACCAGCGUACAAAUUCAAGGAGUACGUGUUGGGUGACUUGGUCUCGGGCAUAAGUACGGGGGUGCUGCAGCUUCCUCAAGGCUUGGCGUUCGCGAUGCUGGCAGCUGUGCCUCCCGUGUUUGGCCUGUACUCUUCGUUUUAUCCUGUGAUCAUGUAUUGCUUUCUGGGAACCUCCAGGCACAUCUCCAUAGGUCCUUUUGCCGUCAUUAGCCUGAUGAUAGGUGGUGUGGCUGUUCGACUGGUACCCGAUGACAUAGUUAUCCCAGGAGGAGUAAACGCAACCAACGGAACAGAAGCCAGGGACGCCUUGAGAGUGAAAGUCGCCAUGUCGGUGACCUUGCUUUCGGGAAUCAUUCAGUUCUGCCUAGGUGUCUGUCGGUUCGGCUUCGUGGCCAUCUACCUCACGGAGCCCCUGGUGCGCGGCUUUACCACCGCGGCGGCCGUGCACGUCUUCACCUCCAUGUUAAAAUACCUCUUUGGAGUUAAAACCAAGCGGUACAGUGGGAUCUUUUCGGUGGUGUAUAGUACAGUUGCUGUGUUGCAGAAUAUUAAAAACCUCAACGUGUGUUCCCUAGGCGUCGGGCUCAUGGUUUUUGGUUUGCUGUUGGGUGGCAAGGAGUUUAAUGAGAGAUUUAAAGAGAAAUUGCCGGCACCCAUUCCUUUAGAGUUCUUUGCGGUGGUCAUGGGCACUGGCAUUUCAGCUGGGUUUAACUUGAAGGAAUCAUACAGCGUGGACGUCGUUGGGACACUUCCUCUGGGGCUACUACCUCCAGCCAAUCCAGACACCAGCCUCUUCCACCUCGUGUAUGUGGAUGCCAUUGCCAUAGCCAUUGUUGGCUUUUCAGUGACCAUCUCAAUGGCCAAGACCUUGGCAAAUAAACAUGGCUACCAGGUUGAUGGCAAUCAGGAACUCAUUGCCCUGGGACUGUGCAACUCCAUUGGCUCACUCUUCCAGACCUUCUCAAUCUCCUGCUCCUUGUCUCGGAGCCUUGUGCAGGAGGGAACCGGAGGGAAGACACAGCUUGCAGGUUGUUUGGCCUCCUUGAUGAUUCUGCUGGUCAUCUUAGCCACUGGAUUCCUCUUUGAAUCAUUACCCCAGGCGGUGCUGUCAGCCAUCGUGAUCGUCAACCUGAAAGGCAUGUUCAUGCAGUUUGCAGAUCUCCCCUUUUUCUGGAGAACCAGCAAGAUAGAGCUGACGAUCUGGCUCACCACCUUCGUGUCCUCCUUGUUCCUGGGCUUGGACUACGGUCUGAUCACGGCUGUGAUCAUCGCGCUACUCACGGUGAUUUACCGAACACAGAGUCCGAGCUACAAAGUCCUUGGACAGCUUCCUGACACCGAUGUGUACAUUGACAUAGAUGCGUAUGAGGAGGUGAAAGAGAUUCCCGGUAUAAAAAUAUUCCAAAUAAACGCCCCAAUUUACUACGCCAACAGCGACUUGUAUAGCAAUGCCUUAAAGAGAAAGACUGGCGUGAACCCAGCAGUCAUCAUGGGAGCGAGAAGAAAGGCCAUGAGGAAGUAUGCUAAGGAGGUGGGCAAUGCGAACAUAGCCAACGCCACCGUGGCCAAAGUGGAUGCAGAAGUCGAUGGAGAAAACGCCCCCAAGCCUGAGGAGGAGGAGGAGGAAGUGAAAUACCCGCCCAUAGUGGUCCGAAGCACCUUCCCGGAGGAGCUGCAGAGGUUCAUGCCGCCAGGGGACGGCGUCCACACCAUCAUCCUGGACUUCACGCAGGUCAAUUUCAUCGAUUCCGUCGGCGUGAAGACCGUGGCGGGGAUUGUGAAGGAAUACGGCGAUGUCGGCAUUUACGUCUACUUAGCAGGAUGCAGCGCCCAGGUUGUGAAUGACCUCACCCGAAACAGAUUCUUUGAGAACCCUGCCUUGAAGGAGCUGCUGUUCUACAGCAUUCACGACGCGGUGUUGGGCAGCCAGGUCCGAGAGGCGAUGGCCGAGCAGGAAGCCCUGGCGGCCCCUGCCCAGGAGGACAUGGAGCCCAACGCCACUCCCACCACUCCGGAGGCGUAGACGAGGACCCGAGCCUGGGACGGGCUUAGGGGCCUCUCGUGAAAUUCCCGAGUUGCACUUUUUAAAUGCUAGACACUAGGCUUUUUCCUAGGCGUGAAUAACCGUAGGCAGGGCUUGAUUUGGAGGGUGAAUGACGCAUACAUGGCAAGAUGUAUCUGCCUUGUGCUCUUUUCAUUGAAUAUUUCCCAGACAAGUAGGACUCCUGCCUGCAUGGAUUGUGCAGUGACAUCUCUGUUACUUUUUUAGUGUUCUCUUUGCAAACCAAGCACUUAAAAAUGCAUUUGCUUUAAGACCCAGGUAGGGUAAGCUGACACAGAUGGCGGGGGGCUCCUUGCUCUAGUAGCCUCAUUGGUCUAUAGACUGUAAUCCGUUUUCUGACAGAAGAGGGAAACCCACUACUUUCUAGAAGCUAUUGUUUUAGAAUAACUUUUCUUUAUUACAGAAACAAUAGAAGUUUAUUGUGGAUAUUUUGAAAAAAUAGACAAGCAAAAAUAAAAAAAGAAUUUUGUUCCCACCACUCAGAGAUUCACCACUGUUAACACUUUAACCCAUUGUGUCCCAUUGUCCUAUAUAUGUGAUACCCAGAAAGACUUAAAUUGAGCAGCAAACACACCACUUAUGCUAACUGUGAAGUAAAUAUUAUACUGCAUCAUUGAAUUCAAAAGUUGGGACUUAAUGUGUUAAUGCACAUCUUUCCAGAUCUUUUUCUGUGCAUGAAUAUUUACAUGUUUAACCAAUAUAAGAUCAUGUCUACAUAGCAGUUUAGAACCCAGUCAAUAAUCUCCAUUUUUUUUUAUUUCAGAACAUACUUGCCUCAGAUAGUAUUCAGAUUUCCCCUGUUAUCCCCAAAAUUGCAGUUGGCUUGUCCAAGCUGCUAUUCAUUCUGACCUUACACUGCAACUAGUCAUUUCUUUUCUUUUUUUUUUUUUUUUUUGGACAGGCAGAGUGGACAGUGAGAGAGAGACAGAAAGAAAGGUCUUCCUUUGCCGUUGGUUCACCCUCCAAUGGCCGCCGUGGCCAGCGCACUGCAGCCGGUGCACCACGCUGAUCCGAAGGCAGGAGCCAGGUACUUCUCCUGGUCUCCCAUGGGGUGCAGGGCCCAAGCACUUGGGCCAUCCUCCACUGCACUCCUGGGCCAUAGCAGAGAGCUGGCCUGGAAGAGGGGCAACUGGGACAGAAUCCAGCGCCCCGACCGGGACUAGAACCCGGUGUGCCGGCGCCGCAAGGCGGAGGAUUAGCCUGUUGAGCCACGGCGCUGGCCCUCUAGUCAUUUCUUUUAAGUCCCUUAAGUCUAGUGUAAUCUAGUGCAGUUCCUUUUUUUUUUCUCCAUGACAUUGGCUUGUUAAAGAGACUGGAGAAGUUGUCCUGAUGUCUCAUCUUGUGAACACGUUUGCUUUCUCAUGGUGGUGUUAGCACUUAUUCCUUUAUUCCCUGAACCAUCUGAGACCUGCAGACGGUAUCUAAAGGCUCCAUGGGUUUGAGUUAGACAUUUUGUGCUAAACUCUUAGAAGUCUCCUAUUAUAUCACAUCAGAAAGUAUGCUGUGUCUAGUUGGCCUACCAUUAACAGUGCUAAGCUAGACCAGGGUCAGCAUGAGUCUGAAUGCCCAAUUAGGUUUUCUCCUAGUUAUCCACAUAGUGUUGCUUUGUCAUUGAAUGGAAGUACAGUUUUCCACUAACCAUUCACCCAUGAGUAUUAGCAUCAAAUGAUCAUCCAUGGCUAAAUCAGUGAUUUUAUUAAGGUUUGUGAUUUCUUUUUCCUAAAUCUCUUGUUUCUUCUUCUUUUGUUGUUCCAUAUAAACAAUAGCCUUCCCUCUUCAACUUGACCUAUUUUGGUUAUCCUUAAAGGUUCUUUUAAAAAAAAUCUUUAUUUAUUAAAGUCAAGGUUACAGACAGAGAGGCAUAGAGAUCAGUCUUCCAUUUGCUGAUUCACUUCUCAGAUGGCCACAGCAGCCAGGGCUGGGCCAGGCUAAAGCCAGGAGCUUCUUCCAGGUCACCCACGUGGGUGCAGGAGCCGAAGGAAUUGGCUACCCUCAGCUGCUUUCCCAGGCCAUUAGCAGGCAGCUGGAUUGGAAAUGGAGCAGCCCAAUUCAAAUUGGUGCCCAUAUGAGAUGGAAGCAUCGCAGGUGGUGGCUUCACCAACUGUCCCAUAGUGCCAGCCCCUAAAGGUGGAUCUUCCUAGGGAGGUUGAGUACUUGGUUGCUUCCAUUUAAUUUUCAGCUUCA